GUUUGAGCAGAAACUGUCAUCACGCAGGCCGCCGCCGGACUCCGAGUGUUGUUCGACAGCGCACAUCAGGCCGGAGACGAGCGUCGUGGCGACAGCGACCCUGCAGGAGGGCAACAGGAGUCGUCGCGGUGCCAGUUGCGCGUGUCACGCCCAUGACAUGCCGUACGUCUCGAAACGUCUGGUCUGUUGACACGGACAGCGACUUCGCAGGCAGGAUCCGAGUGUGCGCGGACGCAGGGGCGCUGCACCGAUCGGCCCGCGCUCGCACAGACGGUUCGAUCCAAUUCGAUCUGGACGUUCUCCUGCACUCUCCGCCCUUUUGGGCCACUGAUGGGAUCCGGCAGCCGCUCGCCUCGGAAGACGCCUGCCCGUCGACGUCCAUCGCCCAAGUUCACCGGCCGUCGCUUCCAACGCAUGACAGGUGUACGCCCGCCGCCUUCACGCCGCCCCAGAUCAGGCGGCCUUCGCACGCUGCGUUCCCGUGUGCAGGUGCGAUCACGACAUGCCGUCAGCGAGCACUGCUGGCGGUGGCAGCUGCGGCACCUGGGGGCACGACUCAUCGCCGCAUCGCGCUGCAUGGAAAUGGAAGCCCGCGAGCGAGGAUCAGCCGUCCUCGGAACCCGAAUGCCACAUCCCCGCGCGCUUCCCGUCGCGAAGCCUGCGCAUCCGCCCGCCGCUCGAGCCGUCUCUGUGCGGCUGGCCGCGUAUGGCCAUGCCAUUCAGUGCACCCCAGGCGCCGGCGAGGGGCUUGGUACUUAUGUAGCGCGGGGUUUGGACGGCGUGAGCAGCACUCGGGCGGCUUCGUGCUUGGCUCUUGGCUCUGCAUCCUUGCCCGGGCCUUUCAAUUACGCUAUGGUCACCGGUCAUGCCAGAAUCGACAAGUCGGUGCGCGAGAUUGCCCUGCAGAUCACCCAGUGACGAUGCACCGUCCGGAGUCGAAUUGUACUUCGUCCUAUUGCUCGCCGCCCGCUUCGCGGGCUGACGUGCCGGCUGUUAUACUCACUCCCCACAAGGUUCCCGUCUUCCUUCCGAGGCAGCCCACCACGCGUCUUCGGUGCAAUCGAGGCAGAGCUGCGUCCCCGGCAACUCUGUUCCUCGCCGCAUACGGAGGGCUGCACGCCUCGGCGUCCAGCGGAGCAUCGACCGAUAGCACUGCACGCGCCCUACGGAGCCAUCUCCUCGCCCCUCCCCAGUGCCACGCCCGAUCGCUCGGACGCGUCCGCACAGCGAGUGGUCCUCUCGUGCCAUGUACCCUCGUCCGCACAGGGUGCGAGCGGGCCUGGACUGGGGCGUGUUCGCUUCCGAUCCACGAUCCCUGCGUUCCGAGGUUCGCUGCAGCGCGUCUGGGCCGCGGUGCGGUGCAGGGACGGGAUGCUACGCGGUGCGUCCGUGGAUCUUGAAUGGUCGGGUCGGUGCCCUGCGCGCGAGCCCGGCUCCCGGAUAUCAAACCCAGCCUUCGCGAUCGCACCG